CCUACCUCUCCUUACCACCUAUUGUCUCUGUCCACCCCUUUGCUCUGCCAUCUGCUCUCUCUCUCUCUCUCUCCCCCUCCCUCUCUUCAUCACCUUUGCUAAUCACUUGUUCUGCUGUUUUUAAGUGGGUUUGUUCUUAAUACAAGAGAGAAAAUCACCCCUGCACAGAAAAAAGUUCCAGUCUUUCUGUUUAAAAAUGGACUUUUUCCGUUAAAAAAAAAAAUCUUUCUGCUGUCAAUGUAUUUUUCCUGCCCAGCCUAACCUCCUCUCUCUCUCUCUCUCUCUCUCUGCGCUUCUCUGCGGCCAAGGUAAGAAAUGGGUUCUUGUGAAAUUUCUCCGAGAGCUAAGUUUCUAAGCCGAAAUACGCCUUUCUGCAACGAAAGAUGAAAGUGGUUGCUCCGAAAUUUAUCCAAAAGCUACAUUUCCAAGCUUUAAUCUCUAGAACUAUUCCUCACACACAAACAAAACCCAGCUCGGAAGAGCCCCACUUCCUUUUUGUCCUAAAAGAACACUCGGAUUCUCUCAAAGAACCACCUUUCUCGCUUUUCAGUCUCCCGUUUCUCUAAAGGCAGCUUCCACGCCUAUUCAAGCCGAAGAAACUCCACCUUUAAACCGUAGAAAUCAUGGGAUGUGUUGCUUCCAAGCUAGAAGAAGAAGAAGAAGUGGUAUCUAUCUGUAAGGAGAGAAAACGGCAGCUGAAACUAGCUGUAGAGAGAAGAUAUGCACUUGCAGAGGCACAUUGUAGAUACUGUCAAUCUCUCUAUGCUGUAGCAGCUGCUAUAAAGCUCUUUGUAGCUCGCCAUUCUUCACCAACUUCACCGUUUCUCAUCACUUUCCCUCCACCUCCACACCCUGUUGAACAAAAUACGAUUACAAAUCCAAUGUUUCUUCAACAAGGACCAUCUGAGUCGACAACCCAUGAAGCCAUUGCCUGCGAGUCUUGUAGUUCCACAACUUCUUCAGAUUCUGGAGAGGAAGAAGAGACCAAAGAAGAAGAGGAGAGAGAGGAGGAGCAAAGUUUUGGGUACUUUUACAUGCAAAUGCCACCACCUAUGCCACAGUCACCACAGGCAGAUUUUGGGUGGGAUUUCUUUAACCCAUUUGAUACAAUGAGACCUGAAAUUAUUGGUGGUUAUAUGAGAAGUUCUGAUGAUGACUUUAGGGUAGUGAGGGAAGAGGAGGGGAUCCCAGAGCUAGAGGAAGAAGGGGCAAGAGAAGAAGAAGAAGAAAAAGAAGAAGAAGAAGAAGAUAAAAAAGCUGUGGUCAUGGAGGAGAAAGGAAAAUCAGAGCUUGAGGAAAGUGGAAAUGGUGAGGUUAAGGUGGUGGAAGGAUGUGCUAAUGGGAGCCAAUGUGAGCAGAAGGGGCUUACAGUUAUUGAUACACCAGAGAGAGGUAGAGAGCUAUUAGAGGCUUUGAAAGAUAUUGAAGACCAUUUCAUUAGAGCUUAUGAUUCUGGCAAGGAUGUUUCACGGAUGCUAGAGGCUAAUCGAGUUCAUUUGCAAUCUGGCUUGGAGGAAAUAAAAGAGAACUCAACAAAACUCAUUCAAGCUAUUACAUGGCAUCGUUCCGCAUCUUCAUCUAAGCCUUCAUCAUGCAAGAGUCUUGUGGCUUCCAGUUCUAAAAGUUCAUCAACUUGGACAGAAUAUAAGAAUGAUCUAUUUGAUGAAUAUGGAGGAAUGGAUUCAGGAAGCCAUUCACUGACACUUGGGAGGUUGUAUGCUUGGGAGAAGAAGCUCUAUGAAGAAAUCAAGGCUGGAGAUAGAACAUGGAAAACUUAUGAAAAAAAAUGUUCACGGCUAAGUAACCAGGAUGUUCGAGGAGAUGAUGAACUUGCAAUGGACAAGACGAGAGCUGUAGUAAAAGAUUUGUAUGCUAGGAUUUUGGUUGCAAUUCGAAGUGCUGAGUCAAUCUCAAAGAGAAUUGAAAAGCUUAGAGAUGAAGAACUACAACCUCAAAUAAUAGAACUCUUGAAAGGCCUAACUCACACUUGGAAGGUCAUGUUGGAAUCCCAUGAAACCCAAAACAAGAUUCUCUUUGAAGUAAAAUCUUUUGCUAGCCCUGCAUGUGGAAAAUUCUGCAAUGAUUCUCACCGGCUUGCGACGCUUCAACUUGAGGCUGAGAUUCACAAUUGGCGUGCAUGCUUUACUGAGUAUGUUGGAGCACAAAAAGCAUAUGUUGAAGCUCUCCACGGUUGGCUAACCAAGUUCUUAGUCCCCGAGGUUGAAUUCUACUCGCGACGCAGCAGGAGUUCAGCAGCACCAUAUCGAGCCACUGGUCCACCAUUACUUGUGAUCUGCCAUAAUUGGUUAUCUUUGAUGGAGAACUUACCAAUUAAAUCAGUAUCAUUUGCAUUGAGGAGCUUUUCAAAGGAUGUGAGGGCUUUGUGGACUCAGCAAGGGGAGGAACAACAACAAAAGAGGAAAGUUGACAAUCUUGCAAAACAAUUUGACAGAAGAACACUGGCAAUGCAAAAGACUGAGACCAAGUUUCUUGAAUCCAAGCUUAUAGAAUUCAAAACCAGUCAAGAACAGGAACAUCACAGUGACCACUUGACAGAGAAGAAAGAUCAGUUGGACAUAGUUAGAAAGAAGCUAGAGAUCGAAAAGGAAAAACACCACAACAGCAUGCAAGAAACACAGAGGAUCACAUUAAGUGGAUUUCAGGCAGGAUUUUCAACAGUUUUCAAAUCCUUAACAGAGUUCUCCAAGGCUUCUAUGAAAAUGUACAAUGACCUUGUGAACUGCAGUGAGAGUGCUGGGAAACUAGCUAACCUAUCAUAUAUUGAAGGUGCUCAGGUUGAAGAAAUUGACAGUUGACAGAAAAAGCUUGAAGAUGUGCUUCAAGUAUAUCAGGUAUCUGGAUUGCUUGUACAUUAUAUAACGUCGAAGCAGCUCGCUUCGACAAAUUAAUUUGCAUUUGUAGCAAGUCUUUUUCUUACCAUGGAUUGCUAAUUGUUUAUUGUGAAUGGAUGUUGUAUUGUGUGGCCUACAUUUUUGUUGCAAAGACUUGAAAGUUUCCUGAUUUCUUGCUUCUUUAUUAACAAGAAAUGCAGAGAGGGAAAUUCAAGUAGGCACUCCCCUUGUAAGCAUACUCUAGUGUUGAGUAGUUUUUUUUUUUUUUUUUUUUUGGUUUACGUGUGUAAUUUUAUUGUACAAAUCAAGGUAGAUACUAGAUAAGCUAUUUCAUUUUC